AAGCAGAGGGUUUAUAGAAAAUUCAAGGAUUUGCCCUCAGGGAGCUUGUUACUGAAGGGGGUAACCACCUUGGGACUCUGUGGACUCAGAGCUCUACCAUUAGGGAAUCCCCAGCUUGAGGAGGAUAAAAGGCCUCACCUGUACCAAGGGUCCUCUGGUCCAUGAGAGAUUCUUACUCUUAGAGAGCCCAGCCCCCCUCCUUCAAAAGUGGAUAGGGAGCUCUGCCCUCAGGGGAACCCCUGCAGGAGGAAGAUUCCAAGUACUGCUUAUCUGCUAGAGGAUGAUCUGAACAGACUUGGGGCUCUGCCCUUAGGGAGCCCCUGGACCUGGCCCUCAGAAGGACAUCUGGUUUGUCUUAUCAGGACACUCCUGGAUGUGCUCUGGUUUGUCUUAUCAGGACACUCCUGGAUGUGCUCUCAGGAAGUGUUCUAUCUGAGAGGAAAACAUGUGCUCUUUUGGGAAGGGAACCCCUGGUCUGAAAGGGAAACCCAGCACUGCUCAAUUCAAAGGAGGGGAAACAAAGACAUUGAGACAAGAAAGUAGAUUAGUGUCAAGUUUAGGCAUUUUGGUUGUUUUUUUUUGUUUUGUUUUGUUUUUUUUUACAGUGGAAAAAAACUGCAAUUAAGAGUUGUGUAAUGUAUAAUAUAUCCCCUGCUGAUUUUACCCCAUUGGCUCUUUCUACAUAGUUAGGGUUAUGUCUCCCUUAGAUACUCCUUGGCUGUGGAGGUCUCUGGCUAAAUCCUGAAACUAACCCUGGCCUUUUGAACUAGGACAAACUAGAGUUGGGUGCUGAAGAACAGGUAUAGUAGGAAUUGUUAGAGAAGAAGUGAGGAAUGGAUUCUAAGAAGACCCACCACUAGCAUCAGGUUGUGGAGAGGACAGAGAUCAGUGAUGAGACUAUCCUAGUUGGGGUAGGACCCUGGCCACCCUACCUUCCAGGUUCUAUGGAAAGGAAAAGGCACGGUUUCUGCUCUCUCAGGCCUAUGGCAUCGUUUGGAAAGCUGUAGAUCGAAGGACAGGGGAAAUCGUGGCCAUCAAGAAGAUCUUUGAUGCGUUCAGAAACAAGACAGAUGCACAGAGAACAUUCAGAGAAAUCACGUUUCUCCAGAGACUACUCACAGGAACAAGGGGCCUCGAGAGUGACAAAGACUGGAACCAAGGAAGACUCCUAAUUGACUUGUCUCCUUGCCCCUUCUGGACCACCAGGUCAGUGUCAGCCAAGCCUUUAUGUAGCUCUUGCUGAUUUGUGACUUUUCACCCUCAGGAGUUUGAUAAUCACCCCAACAUUAUCCGGCUUCUGAAUGUCAUCAGGGCAGAAAAUGACAGGGACAUUUACCUAGUAUUUGAAUCCAUGGACACAGACCUGCAUUCUGUCAUCCGGAAAGGGAACCUGCUGAAGGAUAUUCAUAAAUGUUACAUCCUUUACCAGCUUCUGUGUGCAACCAAAUUCAUUCACUCAGGGAAUGUCAUCCACAGAGACCAAAAGCCCUCCAAUGUUCUUCUGGAUGCUGACUGUUGUGUAAAACUCUGUGACUUUGGCCUUGCACGUUCCCUGAGUCAACUUCAUGAAGAACCAGGGAACCCAGCCCUGACAGAAUAUGUGGCUACACGCUGGUACCGAGCCCCAGAAAUCCUGUUGUCUUCACACCGGUAUACACAGGGUGUGGACAUGUGGAGCUUGGGCUGUAUCCUGGGGGAGAUGCUGCUUGGGAGACCUUUGUUCCCAGGAACUUCUACCCUCAACCAGCUUGAGCUAAUCCUGGCAGCCAUCCCAACCCCAAACAGAGAGGACUUCCUGGCCAUGGGCUCAGAGUACAGUGCUUGUGUCCUCCAGCGCAUGGGCCCCCGGCAGCUAGUGACCCUGGACUCCCGCCUCCCACCAACCACUCCUCCUGAGGCCUUGGAUCUCUUGCAACGACUACUAGUAUUUGACCCGGAGAAGCGUCUGACGGCAGAUGAGGCUCUCAGGCACCCCUAUGUGAGGAGAUUCCACUGUCCAGCCAAGGAACCAGCCCUGGAGUAUGAAAUAAUCUUGCCUGUGGAUGAUGGUGUGCAACUCUCUGUGGUGGACUAUCGCAACCGACUUUACAAGAUGAUCCUGGAUCGAAGGGCCAACAGUCGGCUCCAAAGGCUGGAGAUUCAGAGAGAAGUGAUGGGGGAUCUUCCCCGGUCAAGCUCUGUACCCUUGCCCUCCCAGAAGGAUCCUCUCCUGCAGAACUAUACCUCUGAGUCCACCCAGGCUCUGGGGGAACAGCCCCAAACCUCCGCCCUGAGGGAACGUCGAGCACAAAUCCCUGGACCCAGGCCACAGAGUGAACCUGCCCCCAGCCGUGACACCCUUGGUCCCCGGCAGGGGCCAGCACCUUCCAGUUGGCUACAACAUCGAGGUUUCUCAGGGAAGAGGCGACAAUCAUGUUGGGGUGAUACUCGCACGCUGACUGGCCCAUUUGGGGAGAAGCCAGGCCUCAGAUGGACCGGGCCUAACAGCUUCCUCACUACCCACGCAGCCGCAGUGACCAACCAGGCCCUCAUGCGCAAGGACAGCUCCCUGAUGGGCGUCAUGACUUCCACCAGCACCCGCCUGGUCCCUCGCCUGCCCCCUGGCUCUACUCAGGAUGCUCGACCUCUCCUGCGUCCUGCAAGGAGGAUGUUCCAGUCCUCUGCCUCCCAGGGGACCAUAGGGGCAGCCAGGGCCUCCCUGGGAGGCUAUUCCCAGGCCUAUGGUACCAUCUGCAGGUCAGCCCUGUAUGGUCUACCCCUCUCUUAUUCCUCCCUUCAUCCCCUCCCCCAUGUACCUCCAUCCUGAUUCUCUUCUAAAGACAACCUAAUUUUUUCUCUUAUGUACUUUUUCCAAUCCUUGACUAGUCCCUAUCUGCCCAGAGAUAUCCCCAACCUGCCUCACCCUAUGGACUUCGCUCAUCUGAUUUCCCAUGACCCUCUGAACCUUUUAUUUCUUUACUCAGACAUUCUCUAUAUAUAGGAUCCCUCAUCUCUGACUCACUCAAUGGGAUCUCUAGCUUGGAGAAUGUUUGGCCUCAGCCCUUUACCCUUCCCAAAAACAUCAACAUUUUAAAAAAUAAAGUCUCUGAUUUUCUGUA